AUGGGAAAAGCGCGUGGUUUACUCAAAAACGCCGCCAAGGCUGUUAAGCAGCAGCACAGAGCCAACCAGGCCCAAAAGAAUCAAUAUCGGAGCCAACAUCAGCAUCAGAACCCAAAAAAUAAGCCGUUCUCCAGACCCCCGCCGUCCAAAAAGCAGAAGACAACUCACAGCAAAGACAAUGCCGCGUCCAAGCAUUCCCAGCAACAAUACCAAACACCAACACUCCCUUUCCAUCCCUCGGACACCAUCCUCCUUGUCGGCGAAGGCGAUCUCUCCUUUGCUGCCUCUCUCGUCACCCAUCACAAGUGCACUAAUGUGACAGCAACCGUACUCGAAAAAGACCUUGCCGAACUUUCUGCUAAGUACCCCCACGUCGCCCAGAACAUUUCCGUCAUCGAGUCCUCCCCACAAUGCCGCGUGAUGUACGGUGUCAACGCCCGUAAGCUCCCUCUCUUCCGGUCGCCUUCUGCUCCGAAGAAGCAGCCGAAACGGCCAUACCCCGACGAUGACGACGAUGCUCCGCCCGGUACGAUGAAACGCAUUAUAUUCAACUUUCCCCAUGUUGGUGGCAAGUCCACGGACGUUAAUCGGCAGGUUCGAUACAACCAAGAGCUGCUUGUGGAUUUCUUCCGGUCCGCGCAGCCCUCUCUUGCUCCUGGCGGAUGCAUCGUCGUCACGCUGUUCGAGGGCGAGCCCUAUACGCUGUGGAACAUUCGAGAUCUGGCACGGCAUACCGGGUUGCAAGUUGAAAGGAGUUUCAAGUUUAUGGCGUCAGCAUACCCGGGGUAUGCUCAUGCAAGGACACUGGGUGUGGUCAAGAACAAGAAGGGGGAGGUAGCCAAGGCUGCUUGGAAGGGCGAGGAGAGGCCGGCACGGAGCUAUGUGUUUGUGAGGAAAGGCGAAGACUCUGGGUUGUUUACACAGGGGAAGAAGAGGAAAAGGAGUGGCGGUGCGAGUGAUGAGAGUGAGAGUGAGGGAGAAGGGCAAGACGGACAGUCGGGUUCUGAGGUUGAGGAUACCAAUGAGAUUGAGAAUGAUGGAGAUGAUAAUGAUGCAUCAGCGGAAAGCGAAGAGGAGAAUGAUGCUGAUGAAGGAGAGCAGUCUGACGAGGAGAAAGACGACAUACAAGAGUCAACCGUUGAUGUUUCCGACAGCGAUACCGACGAUAACGAAACUACUGACCAAGGCAAGUCAAGUCUGACGACAAAGAGCAAAGUUUGA